UUUCUUAAGAUCAUUUCUAUUAACUGCUGAAUCAAACAUCAAUUCAAUUAAAAACAAUGUUUCUGCUUCUGCUAGAACAAUCCAGGAUCCCCAUGUUUACAUGUGGCUUUCUACGUGUUUCAUUUUAGAUGCUCCUUUCACCACCUGUCAUUUCCUUGCAGUCUCCACCUUCAUAUAUAUAAACAGAUCCUGACGGGCAGAUUUGUUAUCAAUAAGCAGAACUCGACAUAGAAUCCUUUUUGAACGGAGUCGUUGUUAAUGGCUAGCGACCAAGAUCAGUUCAGGCUGGUAUCCCCCGCCAUAAACCAAGAAGGGAAGUUGCCAAGAAAGUACACGGAUGAAGGUCAAGGUGCAAAGAGGAAGUUGUCACCACCAUUAGAAUGGUACAACGUGCCAGAAGGGACUCGUUCGUUGGCCCUGGUGGUGGAAGACGUAGAUGCGCCAGACCCCAGCGGCCCCAUCGUGCCAUGGACCUGUUGGGUAGCCAUUAACAUACCACCAACGUUGAAGGGUCUCCCAGAGGGAUUUUCUGGGAAAGAAGAGGAAGUUGGUGGAGAUUAUGCUAGCAUCAAAGAAGGCAACAACGAUCACAAGGUCCCUGGAUGGCGAGGUCCCAAGUUACCCUCUCACGGCCACCGUUUCCUGUUCAGGCUAUUUGCUUUGGAUGAUGAGUUGAAUGUUGGCAACAAAGUGACGAAGGAGAAGGUGCUUGAAGCUAUGGAAGGACAUGUGGUCGGGGAAGCAGAAUUGAUGACUAAGUUUUAAGAGAAAGUUGUUGUAUUAGUAUUUUAGUACUUUGUUGAACAUCAAUUAAUGAAAAUUUAGGGAACUUCGGUUUUUUCAA